CUAUGCGCGAGUUUCGGUCAGUAUUGUUUUUUUGUUUUUUCUGUAGUUUCAGCAAAGAAUCAGAACGAAAAGACGAUACGGUUACACUCUGGCAAAAUGACUGAUAAUUCAAUCAAGGAUGGUGUAUUAGAAAACAUAGAGAAGAAGAGAUGUUUUCGAAACGAAAGCGACGGUCGGUAAAAUCUAAAGGGAGCAGGCGUGGACUGUGAGUUCGAGUCGGGCGUGGGGAUGAACUCUACGGGGAAUGCGAGAGGGAGGAGGACUAGGGCGCUUCCUGUGGUUGGCACUAGCCUAAAAAAGCUCCAUAAACAGAAUCGCGGCCGAAUGUCUUUUCAAUGCAACGAAAAUGGUGAAGUGUGGGAAAAAGUGGGCAUUGAGUAAAGGCUUCGACAGUUCGAACCAUGACAGAGGCGUCGGAGGAUGGUAACUAUCUGGUGAGGGUUCGUGCCCAGGUAAUGACAAGGGAUGACAGUUCAGGUGGUUGGGUUCCUCUUAGUGGCGGUGGUUUAGCAAAUGUUUCUGUUAGACGAAGACCAGUUUCUUCAGGUGGACAUCAGUCUAAUAAUACCAAUGGAUCUGGUAUUUCUACUACGACUGCCUCUACUACUAACACUACACAAUCUGUAUCGACUACAAGUGUUACUAAUACCCAAAGUCAUGGAUCUUCUAAUAGUUCUCCACCUGGUGCAACUAAGAAGAGGCAUGAAUAUCUUAUUUAUGGAAAACGCAUCACUGAUCAAUCAGUUGUUCUUAGCUGUACAAUUAAAAAAGAUUUCGAGUAUAAUAAGGUAAUGCCGACUUUUCAUCAUUGGAGGACAGGAGAUAAAAGAUUUGGUCUGACCUUUCAAACAGCUGCAGAUGCAAGAGCUUUUGAUAAAGGUGUUCGUACAGCUGUUGAAGAAUUGUUAGAAGACUUUAAAUUUACCUGUGGAACCACCAGAACCACGUCCAUCAUCGGACACAUCUCAUGUACGACUGUCCAAUUAUCGUUCCCAGUGUUCAGAUCUUCCUGAUUCACAUAAACCUAUUCAUUACAUUGGUGGACCGUCUAUAAAAGUGCCACCAUCUCAGCAUCCUUUGGCAUCGACUGAAGAUGUUGGAUCAGAUAGCUAUUCUUAUGUGCAGCUCACAACGCUUAACCAUGAAUAUUUAUAUCCCAUCAUUGGUGACCAUAAAGGAGACCGAUUAAAUAGACAUAAUACCGGCAGUUCUUUAAAGAAACCAGAUAUUAUAGUAACUCAACCUUCUAAAAAUACUAUGAAACGUAAUGUUCGAUUACGAUGUAAACAUUGCCAAGAGCUGUACUCAGAACAGCAAAAUCCUAGGGGAUCUUGUGAAUACGCACCUGAUCCAAUUAGACGAGGAAUUGCAAAAAUUUCAUGUCUAUCGUGUGCUCAGGGUAUGUUAUAUCACUGUAUGAGCGAUGCUGAAGGUGAUUUUUCCCAGAAUCCAUGCAGUUGUAGUACAGAAGAAGGAUGUGGGCGCAGAUGGUUUGGUUUGGCAUUAUUAUCACUGAUCGUUCCUUGCUUGUGGAUUUAUCCUCCAUUAAGAGCUGUUCAUUGGUGUGGCACGUCCUGUGGAAUGUGUGGAGGACGUCACCAUCCGAUGGAAUAACUGGAGGAACCCUUUGAUAUCUCUGUUCCAUACUCAGUUGAAUCAACUAACUUUUCUUCAUCACGUGGUGCUGUGGCUAAUGUGUAUGAAUGUCAUGAUUUGAGUAUGGGUCGUUGUCAGAGGUAUCAAAGGGGUAGACAACUUCCAGUACAUGCACUUAUCCAUCAGCGUCAUCUUUGAAAGAAUUUGUUUCAAAAAACCAAAAAAAUACGAGCACAAAUUAUCGCAUUUAGCUCUAAAACCAUGUAUAUUCCAUACAUUUUGUAUAUUUUAUUAGCAAAUACAUUAUUUAGACACAUCUGUACAUUAAAUAAUUUGAGAAUGGACGUCGUUUAGUAUUUACUCUGAAUGAUUGGUCCAUAAUAAUAUUAUCUGGACUGACCAACUAUUUGUGAUACAUGGUGCACACUGUGAGAAUUCAAGUCAAGAAAUAAGACGAAUAAUUUGUUAUUCCCAGUUUGAAAGCUAGUUUUUGCCUCGUAUGAAAAUGAUAAGAAAAAUGUUUGCUAUAUUAUAAGAUUAAAUUUUGCUGCGAUUAUAGAAAGGUUAUACAGAAAUAAAUUAAAAAAUUUUAUUUUAUUAUAAAUAAAUUAGAUAUGUUGUUUAUUGAUUAUUUUUACUUUGAAUUUCAUAAAAAAAGUUAAAAGUAAUAAAAUUUGUAUGUUAUUAUAAGAUACAUAUUAUUUUAUCAUUAUUUUUUUUGUGUUUAAAGCAAGAUUUUGUAUAUUAUUUGUAUAUUGAUGAUAUUGACAAAUUUGUCCUUUUAGUAGUUUAUAUAAUUUUACUAGAAAAGAUAAUUUUAAUUAAUUCAACUUAAUUACGACAUAUGCAAAAUGUAUGUUUGUAUUUUUACCUUUAAAUGUUUAAUAAGAAAUGUACAGAUUUUUAAUCUACUUCGGUAAUUAGCACAAACUGGUUGAUAAAAGCUAGUUGCACUUUCACAAAUAUGUAUCAAAAUUAAUGACUAAAAAUUGUAUCAUGUUUUAUAAAGAAAUUAUACAAUCAUUCAGGAAUGAUUGUGAAUAUCUGUAGUAUGUAAUUUUAUUUAUAUAUCAUUAACACACAAUUCUGUUUUAUUCCGAUCCUUUUUUAUUGUGCUCUUUAUAUUUACAAAAUAUUAAUAUUUAUAUAGAUUAUAUAGUCAGUUAUCUGUUAAAUGGAAUUUCUUAUGCUAAUAUGUUGGCACAAUGUUAAAUACUAAAUAAUAUCAGUAUUUACUGUUUACUAGCAUAGUACUUCUAGUACUAUCAAUCUUAUUGUUAUUUCAUGCACAAUGAAGAUAAGCUUAAGGAACUUUAAGUAUAUAUAUUGUCAGUUUGAGGCUUAUUAUAUAUAUUGGAAUAUAUUUUUAAUUUAAAGCUGAGUUCUACUAUAUGACUAUAUAUUUACACUGAAAGAUAAUUCUAUGUAAACUUGGUUUGCAUAAAAUGGAUUGUUUACAGAGAAACUUUCUCUUCUAUAAUACUAUAUGUAUAUUAUAGUUCUCUAAUAUACAUAUACAUAUAUUUGGCAUUCUUUAAAAAAUUCUGAUUUACUAUUUGUAUAUCUAAUUAUUUUUUUUAACUAUAUUAGUAAUUAUGAAAUAUUUCAUUUCAUUUUGUGUAUUUUACAAUAAUUGAAUAAUAUGGAUACUGUUUUCGGAUAUUUAGGAAAUUAAGAUAUUUUUGAAAAUAGGAUACAGUUGGUUUUUAGCAAUAAUUCUACUUAUCAAUGAUCUGAGUAUGCUUUACAAAUAAUUAGUUUUAUGAACCAUAAUAUAUGGUUUAAAAAUUUACUUGUUUUAAGAAUUCAUAUUUUGUAUUCAAAUUUUAAUUGAAAAAAAAUUAAUUCUAAUCUUGCUAAAAUACUGUGGAUGAUUAAGUGCAACAUGAAAGCAUAGUUGUUUUCUUGCUCAUACAUGAAUAUUGAUAUAGAAAAACCAAUAAUUUUUAAUUAAAGCUUUUAAAGUGACAUGGUAGUUAGAAUCAAUAAACAUGUUAUAAAUGUUGUAGAAUGUUUUUAUAUUAUUUUUGAAAUACAAUUUCUAAUAAAUACGCGAUGAAAUAAGAUAUAACUUUGGAACAACAAAAUAAAUAAUGAUUUGAUUAACAAAACUUUUGCAGACAUUAAAAGAAAAAAUAUUUUAGAAACGUACAUAAAAUAAAGAAUUUAUUAUUAUUCAUUAAGUUUCGUUCUGCCUUAUGUUUCUAGUCUAAUAGUGAUGUAUGUUGAAUUUACUUAUUAGUUAAAACAUUCUUUUGUGUCAAAAUUGUUUUGUGCUAAAAAUUUUAAGUUAUGUGUCUA